GCAUCAUUAGAACACCGCACAAUUAGAGAACCUGUGAUCUUCUUAGCUUUCUGUGCUCACGUUCUUUUCUUUUUCUUCAUCGACUUUCGUACGCGUCCAUCGUCUUCCUCGAAUUGACCAAUAGAUUUCUAGGGUUUCGUCUAUCUGUCAAAUGGAUUGGGGCAACGUGACCUCAGAAGAUCUGAUCGAAGCCCUACGCGAGGUCGACUGGUCAUCGCCUCCUCGGCCUCUCUCUGAAUUCUUCUCCAGAUUCACCGUCCCCAGAUCCUACUCCAAAUGGAACAGUCGCCUCAAGUGUAAUCUCUACUAUUAUCGGACAAAUUACUUCAUCAUGAUGGUAUUCAUUCUUGGAUUGGGAUUUCUUAGGAGGCCGCUUGCCAUUGUUGCUGCCGGAUUGACAGCUCUUACCAUAGCUUUUCUAAACGACAGCUUUGCAGGUACUUUUAGUGAAAAGGUAACAAGAACUGUUAGGCAGUUUUCUCCACAUUUAGCUGCAAAGAUGAGGCCUCCUCUAACGCCUGUUAUUCGAGGGCGCCCAUCAGCUAAAAGAUCAAUUUUUAUAUGCGGACGGCCUCGUUGGGUGUUCAUCUUUAUAUUCUCUUCUGUAAGUUUCAUCCUUUGGUUUGUUUCUUGUGGCCUCUUAAGCGUCCUAUGGGCAUUUGCCGUUGGCCUUCUUGCCACUAUCAUCCAUGCUAGCUUCAGAACACCUAAUUUGAAGGCACGUCUAAACACAUUCCGUGAGGAAUUUCGGGCAGUUUGGCGAAAUUAUAGUGAGCUGUAGCUUCCACGGAGUUUAUUGAAAGAGAGUAACUAUAUUUUCUUCUUUGGCUUGGGCAGUUUCUUGAUCGGUCUGAAGCUAAUGCAACUGUUCUAAGUGGGGAUUUUUCCUAUUGCUGCUGCUGCUGCAAUGGAUUCAUUUUCUUUGGCUGUGACGUUAAAAUCACUGGUGACGGAACUUAGCAGAUGGUUAUCGGGUUGUAAAUUGUCAGGAAAUUUUGUUUUAGCAAAAUAACUGUUGCCUUUGUCGUCCAAUCUAUCUAUCUAAAUCUAAACUACUAUUUAAAGUGUGUAGUUUUUUAUUUGUUAUAUAAUAUUUGUUAGAGGGAAAAGUUUGUUACUUUUUGAAUAUUGUAGCUCAAAGACGUUGAUUUCAUUUAUAAGGUUGAUUAUGAAUCC